AAUAGCUAAUAUGGAUGUAGUUCAUAAAUAAUGUAAACAUUUAACCAUGUAAAAUUCUAACAUCUGAUUUUCAUGACUAAAGACCAAUCAGUAAAUGUUUUACAGAGGCUAGUAUAGAUUUUCUGUUUUUCUUAGCUGUUUAAGGGGCCAGAUAAGUUGCUGUAUAUAACCACCAGGAUUUUAUAACUAAAGGGUAGAAUUCCUCAUUAUUCAUCUCAUUACUAUCAACUAUUGUUAUUUUAUAUGUCAGAUGGUUGCCUUGUUCUGCACUAGCCAUUAUCAAAUCAAUAUUUGGCUUGCUGACCAAAAUUCAAGUCUCCUUGAUAUUUAUCGUUUUGAUCUGUUUGUUGAUAGUAUGAGACACAACAACAGAGUGAGCAAUCUCCACUGCUUGAGAGGACUAAAGUAUGUUUUACUUUGCUUUCCCAGUCCAAUCAAAACAACCAAUGAAGAAACAGCAGAUCACUUCCACCAUGUAAUGAACAAUGUACACCCUAAUCUGAAAUUUGAAAUUGAAAAACCAGAAACAACACCCAGUGGCAUGUCACUAUCAUUACUCGAUUUCAAAGUCACCAUAUCCAAGGAUGGCAACAGUUCCUUCGAAUUCUACAAAAAACCAGCCAAGAAACCACUAUCCGUUCACUACCAAUCAGCUAUCCCCCCCAAAUCCAAACUCAACUUCAUCCGCAACGAGAGAAAACGCAUUGAAGAGAUGCUCCUCACAUAUAUCUGCAACACAACACCUAAACUCAUUCGACUACAUCAUUCACCUCAACGGUUACCCAGAGAGCAACAUAGAACAAUCAAAACGCCCACAGCACCCCCAAAGAAACUCUCAACCUGCAAACACAGAAUGGUCGUACCUCAAGAUCCUAUACAUUUCUGAACGACUAAAUCACAGGAUCUCCAACAUCUUUAAGAAAGAAAACAUCCCGAUACGCAUUUCCCACAAAUCUUUUACACUCAGACACGCCCUAUCCCAAACCCCCAAAGUACGCGAAUGCACCAGAGACAAGUGCCCCAUAUCUAACACCGGAUUAUGUUUACGACGAAAUGUAGUAUACCAGCUCACAUGCAAUAGCUGCAAACAACAAUACAUUGGUAGUACGACACGCUUCAUCCACGACCGCGUAAGAGAACAUCUCAAGAAUGGAAACUCAUCCGUGAAAAAAUAUAUCUACUCAUGCCAAAACAAAGACCAUGAAAGCAUUGAUGUCAAGAUCAUUAUGAAUGAAAACGACCCCGCCGAUGUACGCCUGUACAAAGCAUUUUUUCAUUACAAAGCACAAACCUACACUCAAUUCCCGGGAAGAAUGUAGUGAAUUCGCAGACCUCCUAUUUUAGCAUCUCGUUUUCAUGCUCUUUUACACCCUUUGUUUAUACGCUCCAUCAUUAGAGCCUUUAUUAUUUUCCAUUCACAGUUUAUCUCUACAGCUUUCACACAUAGUCACGCCUUUCACCACGCACUCUUUUUACGUAUAUAUCUAUAUAUAUAAACAGAAUAAAAAGGUAAACCAAACGAGGAGCUCCCAGUAGAAGGAUCCAAGGAGGAUACAGUGCUUCAAUGAAAAUAUUAAUUAAGUGUAAAACGAUGAAACAUGAAGCAACCUUCUAACUGUUCCAGCUUCAAUGUGGCGACGUUUCAGCCUUUGGCCUUCUUCAGAUGGAACUUACACACACAUAUAUAUAUA